CAGCGGCGGUGGCAGCAGCAUGCGGGAGUCGCGGUUCAGGGACCACUUCUGGAGUACAGAUCUGACGAGCACAGUUGGCUACGACAGCAUCAUUCAACAUCUGAAUGAAAGCAGGAAGAACUGCAAAGAGUUUGAAGACUUUCUGAAGGAAAGGGCAAUUAUAGAAGAAAAAUAUGGCAAAGAGCUCAUUAACUUGUCAAAGAAGAAGCCCUGUGGGCAGACGGAGCUGAACACACUGAAGAGAUCCCUGGAUGUUUUCAAGCAACAGGUAGACAAUGUGGGGCAAGGUCACAUCCAGCUGGCUCAAACCCUUCGGGAGGAAGCAAAGAAGAUGGAAGACUUCAGGGAAAAACAAAAACUGCAUCGGAAAAAGAUAGAGCUGAUAAUGGAGGCGAUUCACAAAAACAGGAAUUUGCAGUACAAGAAGACCAUGGAGGCCAAGCGGCUCUACGAGCAGCGCUGCAGGGAUAAGGAUGAGGCGGAACACGCUGUGCACCGCAACGCAAACCUGGUGACGCAGAAGCAGCAGGAGAAGUUGUUCCUGAAGCUGGCUCAGACAAAAUCAGCUCUGGAGGACUCUGACAGGAGUUACCAGCAGAACGUUAUCACACUGGAGAAGAUCCGGGAAGAAUGGCAGAAAGAGCACAUCAAAGCUUGCGAGUUCUUUGAGACUCAGGAGUGCGAGCGGAUCAACUACUUCCGAAAUGCCCUCUGGCUUCAUGUCAACCAGCUCUCCCAGGACUGUGUCCAGAAUGAUGAGAAAUAUGAGGAAAUCCGCAAGAGUUUAGAAAUGUGCAGUAUUGAGAAGGAUAUUGAUUUUUUUGUAAAUCUGCGCAAAACUGGAAGUUUGGCUCCAGCUCCUGUUGUUUAUGAAAACUACUAUAAUACGCAGAGAAAUGCAACUCCUGUGAGAAGUCCGGUUCCUGUACCUAUAUCAAGGAGGGGACCUCUACCCACCCCGACCAGUGCGCCAGGUGAGCCUGAUUAUGCCACAGUUGACGGCUACAGCUUGAUACAUCACUAAUAGCCACAGUCCUACAGGCAGAAGACACUGUUGGUCUGGCCAGUGUCGCGGAGGUCGUGUUUCCAUUUAUUCACAGCCACACAGAGCUGGUGUUUCUCCGUUUUAAGGAAGUAUUUGAGGACUUUGAUAAUUAUUUGUACAGUCAGAAAGUGCUUACUAAAAAUCUGUGCCUUUGAUCAGCAAACUCCUUGGACGGAUAUCCCAUCUUUGCACUCAGGGGAAGAAAAGGAAUAUAAGCCACAGACCCAGACACAGAGGCUAUCUGCGUCAGAAGUUUUUGAUUUGAACUUCUUCUAAAGUUCAGCCGUCUGGGAGAGGCUGGAGCCUCCCACUCUCCAGAGAGCUAGAAGUCAUACAUGCCAAGGAGAGCACUGUGCAAAGCUUCGGGCAUGCUGCCCUGUGUUUGGGGCAUAUGUAUCCCACUCAGAUCUCAGGUUAUACUUUUGCCUGUUCCUGAAGUCUUUCAUUAAUGGUGAAUAAACUUGUAAUUUAGGUUUCA